UCUGUAGGGAGGACACCGGGACAUCUCUGAAGCUGUGACAUGAAGGAGCAAUUGGGAACUUCAGUAUUUAAACAUGAUAAGGCAUGCAGAAGAACUAGGGAAAUGGAUGCUGAGGAACUGUUGACAUUCAGAGAUGUGUCUAUAGAAUUCUCUAUGGAUGAGUGGAUCUGUCUGGACCCUGCUCAGCAGAAUUUGUAUCGGGAUGUCAUAUUAGAGACCUACAGUCACCUGGUAUUCCUAGGUCUUGCCGUCUCUAAGCCAGAGCUCAUCACCUGUCUGGAGCAAAGGACAGAACCCUGGAAGGUGAAGACUCACCAGACAGUGGUCAAGCACCCAGUUAUAUCUAAUCAUUCCACCGAGAGGAAUUCACAAGUGCUGGGCGUGAAUAUUUUAUUACUGGAGAUAAUCCUGAGAAGAUAUAAAAAUAAUGGCCCUGAGAAUUUUAACUUAAUAAAAGACUGGGAUAGAGUGUAUAAGUAG